AUAGAAAAAACAGUCUUCAACCUUCAUAAAAGGCAUUGUCAACCCUCCUUUAUACUUUGAUUCUGACUGACCUCCUUAACCUUUGUACUCGAGAAUCGUCUCAUUUCCAUCAACCAGCUAUAGAACGUCGUAGGUCCUGUAAAUAAACAAAGGAAAAAGAACCCACGAUCAAUUUUGAAAAAAUAAAAAAUUUGAAUUUUCUUUCAGGGUAAAGUUUAUUCUAUUGGAAAAAGAAACAUACACAAUGGAGCCUCAUCGUCCAGCAAUGCUUAACAAGUUCAUUCAAACCAACCAGGUUUCUAUCCUUAACUUGCCCUUUUCCGGUGGUCAACCCAAGAAAGGCACUGAGGUCGCUCCUGAAUUGAUUGAACAGGCCGGUGUGCAAGAGGAUUUGGAAAAUUUGGGCUACUCUGUUCGUUACAUCCAAAACCCUUCCUUCAAGACCCCUCCUAAGAUUGAGGGUCCCAGCAAGGACUUGAUCAAGAACCCUCAGUAUGUUAGCGAUGUGUGCCGUCAAGUUCGUGAUACCGUUAAGAAGGAAUUGAGCGAGGAACGUCUUGUCGUCAACGUUGGCGGUGACCACUCUUUGGGCAUGGGUACCAUUGAGGGUGUUCAAGCUGUUUAUGAUGAUGCUUGUGUCCUUUGGAUCGAUGCGCACGCUGACAUUAACACCCCAGAAUCCUCUCCCUCCAAGAAUCUUCAUGGCUGUCCCUUGGCCUUCUCUCUUGGCUAUGCCAACCCUGUUCCUCCCGAGUUCGCUUGGACCAAACGUGUCAUCGACGAAAAGCGCCUUGCCUUUAUUGGUCUGCGUGAUUUGGAUCCCCAGGAACGUGCCUUCCUUCGUGACCACAACAUUGCUGCCUUUACCAUGCAUCAUGUUGAUAAGUACGGCAUUUCCAAGGUUGUCGAAAUGGCUUUGGAACAUAUCAAUCCCGGCAACCGUCACCCUGUUCACUUGUCUUUUGACGUUGAUUCUUGCGAUCCCAUGGUUGCUCCUUCUACCGGCACUCGUGUCCCAGGUGGUUUGACUUUCCGCGAAGCCAUGUAUAUCUGUGAAGCCACUGCUGAAACCAGUACCUUGGUUGCCGUCGACGUUAUGGAAGUCAACCCUUGCUUAGGCAAUGAGGAGGAUACCAAAAACACUGUCAACUUGGCUCGAUCCAUCAUCCGUACAAGCUUGGGUCAGACCUUGCUUUAACUUUCUGAUUCUUUCUAUGGCUAUUAUGAUGUUUCAAAAAUAUAAUAUAUGAUAAAUUAUUUUUAUUCUAGCAAUAAGACUAGGCUUUUGGGGGUUUCGUUUCAUAAAAAAAUAGAGUAUAUCAAUAAAUCUUCUUGCGUGCUAAAGUACAGG